CCAUAAACAUGAUAUUGGGCACUUGAACGUGCGUGUCUGUGCACGACGCAAGGCCGCAGCGGCUCGGCGUGCAAUGUUGUCGUGUCGCAGGGAGGUGCCGGGCGCCCAGGACGGGGAGGUGCUGGACGGGAACGUGGGCAUGAUGUACGCCGACUACCUGCAGUUGGACAAGGUGCUCAACGCGCAGCGCAUGCUCUCCGACACGGCCGACGAGCACCUCUUCAUCAUCACGCACCAAGCGUAUGAACUCUGGUUCAAGCAAGUGAUUUUUGAGCUCGACGCCGUACGCGACAUGUUCAACACUGAGGACCUGGUGCUGGACGAGACGCGGUCGCUGGAGAUGUUGCGCCGUAUGAACCGGAUUGUCCUCAUCCUCAAGCUAUUGGUGGACCAGGUGAUGAUCCUGGAGACUAUGACCCCGCUGGACUUCAUGGAGUUCCGCAAGCACCUUUCUCCAGCUUCCGGUUUCCAGAGCCUACAGUUUCGUCUUCUGGAAAACAAGUUAGGCGUACGGCAGGAGUACCGCGUCAAGUACAACCAGAACUACGCGGCGGUGUUCGGCGGCGACGCGGCGGCGGUCGAGGCGAUCGAGCGCUCGGAGCGGGAGCCCGCGCUGGCCGAGCUGGUGCAGCGCUGGCUGGAGCGCACGCCGGGCCUCGAGGCCCACGACUUCGACUUCUGGGGCCGCUACCGCGCCGCCGUGCAGACCAUGCUCGAGGACCAGCGCCGCGACGCCGAGCGGCGCGCCGCCGAGCUGCGCUCCGUGCUGAGCCCCGAGGCGCACGCGGCGCUGGUGUCGCGCGGCGAGCGGCGCUUCUCGCUGCGCGCGCUGCAGGGCGCCGUGCUCAUCACGCUGUACAGCGACCAGCCGCGCUUCUCGCAGCCGCACCAGCUGCUCACCACGCUCACCGACAUCGACUCGCUCAUCACCAAGUGGAGAGGA